AUGAGUAUCGCAGACUCCGAGAAGCCCCUCGACCUGGGCUGGGUCGAAAACAAUUCCCAAACAACCCCAUCAACCCUCAAACUCGACCGCCAUGGCCUACCCCUUGCCCCACAACCCUCUGACCACCCGGACGACCCAUUGAACUGGAGCAUCUUCUACAAAAUAUACAUCGCCCUGCUGAUAUCCCUCCUCGGCUUCGUCGUGCAGAUGGGGGCUGCGCUCAUCAACCCGGCUUUCGAGGAGAUGUCUGAAGAUCUCAGCAUUACGGUCGAGCAAGCGUCGUAUUGCACCACAGUGUUCAUCCUCUUCGGCGGUGUGGUAGCGCUUUUGGUGGUGCCGUUCGCAAAUAUCUACGGCAGGCGGCCGGCUUUCGUCAUCUCCGGGAUGUUUGCGUUCGCAGGACAGUUCGUCUCCGGCGGUGUGUCGUCGUAUGGUGGAGUGAUUGCUGGGAGGGUGUUGAAUGGCACUGGAGCUUCCGUGCCCCUUGGGAUUGGAGCUGCUCUUAUCUGCGAUCUCUUUUAUCAAGGCGAGCGUGGUCUUUACAUGGGUAUCUACAUCCUGAGUGUCACCAAUGGUCCGCAUGUGGCACCGAUUGCGGGAGGAUAUGUUGCAGAGAGACUAGGGUGGCGCUGGUGCUUCUGGAUCCCUGGUAUCAUACAAGCUGGGCUAUGGGUCGUCACCACCCUCACAUUGCCCGAGACGCUGUUCUCGCGGCGAGAGGCUGCUGCCGGCCUAAAGAAGCGGUCCUUCAUGCAGAAGCUGCUCUUCCAUGGCAAAGUCGUCAACCGAUCAGUCAAGCCGCGCGACUUCUUUGGUUCCCUACGGAUGGCACAGUACCUUGCAGUCCUCCUUCCCACCAUUUGGUAUGCCGCAGCCAAUGCAUGGGGUUCGACGAUCUUCGCCGUUACGGGUGCGCACAUAUGUGUUGAGGUAUUCGACUUCGAUCUGGAUCAGAUCGGCUUGUUUCUAGGAGUUCCACUGACAGUAGGAUGCAUGAUUGGCGAAGCGACGGCUGGAUGGGUGUCUGAUGUGAUUAUCAACGCCUAUGCGAGGCGACACAACGGGCAUCACAAGCCGGAAGCACGGCUCUACCUCCUGCCUUUGGCGACACUGCUCGGCAUAGGUACUGCGACGUACGGCUACUGUGUCCAGGCUUCGAAGCUUUGGAUCAUCGCCGCCAUUUGCAUGGCGAUAUCAGGCCUUGGAACACAAGUUGGCAACACCAUCGUUUAUACGUACACGACAGAUUCGUACAAACCGCAGUCGGGCGAGAUCGGGGCAGUGAUCAAUCUCUUGAAAUCGAGUAAGCCAGAGCCUCGUUUCAACCAUGCAUAA